AUGCCCAAGAACAACUACGGCGAUGACGAAGACGACGACGAUCUACUGAUGGCGCUGCAGAGCAUGGAGCCGUGCGGCAAUUGCGGGGCCGACGGGGCCAAGAUCCCGUGCAUGAGCGGCUGUGGCGAGGUCUUUUACUGCUCUCGGGAGUGUAACAUGCACCACGCGUCGGCACAUCGUCUGCGGUGUCGGAACUUGCGGUGCUCCAAGUUUAACGACUCAGAGUCCGACUCGGGGGGAUCCGAUGACUCUGCAGAGUACGAGACGGACUCGAGUGCCGAGUAUGAGACGGACUCGGGCGAAGAAGAGGAGGAGGAAGAGGAGGAAGUGGAGGAAGCCAAGGCCAAGAAGAAGAAGAGCAAGAAGAAAAGCCGGACCAAGUCUCGACGGGUCAACAGCUCACGCAGUGUCGAGUCGUCGAGUAGUGCGAUUACGCGAACGGUCAGCGUAGACGCGGAUGUCGAAAAGCGCAUUGAAGAAAAGAUCUUGCGGCGUCUGAAAAAGCAGGAGGAGGCGCGCAUUGCACAGGCAAUUGAUAACCGCAUGCGUGAGGAGAAGGCGAACUGGCGCGACGACGAGAUGAACCGCAUCAUUAUGGAAAUGCGGGAGCGCUUCCAGAGCGAAGUGACCACGUCGACGUUUUGGACAGCGUUGGCCAAGAAGAACGGACUAGAAAUGGACUCGCAGGAGAUGCAGACGCUGCAGAAGUCAAUGGAACACUCGUUCUUGGCGUCCAACCCACAGUCCGAGGACAAGAUGGCUGUGCCGCUUUCUGCCGAAGAGGCUGUUGCGGCUGGAGUUGCUGCGAUCGACGGAUCUGCCGAUACCACUGUUGUCCGCCCGCGCACCACAUCGAAAGAGUCAUCGUGGAACAACGCUUGUGCAGCGUUUGACGCAUUGCGUGUGGUCGUGUGGAAGCACAGUUUUUUGCCUCGUCUACAGUUUUGUGCCGAUGACACGUCAGGCAUCUGGAAUACUGUCACUGGACUGGACGCUGACGAGUCAUUUGUGCACGUCUGCGUGGGUGAUAAGCUGCUUUCGAUCAACGGACGGUCCAUUGACGAUGCGGUGCAGACAGAGGAUGAUCUGAAUGACGUGUUUGCAGCAUAUGCGUCGCCGAUCAUCAUGAAGUUUGAGGCAAUCGACCCGUCUCCACAAACAUGCAAGAUACAUGACUACACCGUAACGUGGUCGAACGGGCCGCUCGGCGUCACGCUGAAGGAUGACUGUGCCACGCAAAAGAUUCCGAUCGUCAAUCGCUUGACCAAGAAGUCAGGAUCGGUGGCUGUGAAGCAGAACAUCGCUAUCGGUGACGUCCUCGUAGCUAUCAACAACAUCGACACAAUUCAGCUUGGCUGCUCGCUUUCCAUGUCGAUUCUCAAGAAGGUCCAGUUACCUGCUAAGCUCCGAUUCCGUGGUAUGGGUGGGCCUGCUCAACAACCUGUGGCAGACAUGGGAUCCGCUCCCGCGGUGCCGCCGCGUAAUGUUGUGACCGUUUCACGUGCACCCAGCGCUUCGAAGCAAGAAGGUACGAACGCCUCCAUCGAUGAGCGCGCGCCGUCGAUGAUGAAUCUCAGCAUCAGCAUGUCGCGGCCACGCAAGUACUCGGUCAAUUGGGGUGAAGGGCCGUUGGGUCUGACGAUCAUACCUGGGCUGCACGACGGCGAUCUUCCAGUCAUCAAGAAAGUUACUGGUACGGGUAAUUCAGCAGGCAUUGACAAAGCGCAGGUGGGUGACGUCUUGGAGAGCAUGAACGGGAUCAAGGCGGCAUCGAUGCACUUUGAAGAGGUCGUUUCGUUUUUGAAGACGGCGCCGAAGCCAGUGUUGUUGCGGUUCCGUGCAGCGCUGGAUGACGAUGAUGCGGGAGACUCAUAUUCGCACCGGAGCAACGGCACGGCACUUUCUACUAGAAGCGAUGACAGCAACAUAGCAAGUACGCGUUCGGGCCACGACAAUGUGCCGGUGCACACGGUCCCUCCUUCACAGCCGACGCCAGUGCCGGCUUCGAGCAACCACGCUACUGAAAUCGUGAGGCAAGUGUCGCGCGAGCCACCAAGCGAUUUAUACAAGGUUGUGUGGGGGUCAGGUCCACUGGGUCUUACAAUUGACGCAAAACCAGAAACGGGCGCAUUCAUCAAGCGCAUUGCCUCCCAGGGCGCAGCAGCUCAUCUUGCUCAGGACUGCGUCGGCGACGAUGUUACCCACGUCAACGACAUGGACGUGUCGCGUGUGGCGUUUUCGGACAUUGUGGCGCACCUUAAGAACGUGCCACGUCCGGUGACUCUUUUCUUUCGACGCAAGAGCUCCCGUCAUCGCUAUGAACAACGUGGAUCUUGCUCGUCAAACUCUGGUGGGAACUCACCGACACAGCACGCCGCACCUGUUCCCAGUCACAGUCGGAAAGCAGCACUAGUCGCAGCUGGCGAUAACCAGGGUUUGCAGUCCUACAGCAUUGUGUGGCAAGAUGGCACUCCACUUGGUCUUUCGCUGCGUGGCGCUGACGACGGGUGCGAGUACCCUUACAUCAGCCGCGUUGCGGGCACAGGAUGUGCAGCGCAUUUGCCGCAGUCUGUGGUGAAUGACCCCUUGAUCUCAGUCGACGGUCGCAGCGUGCACGUUCGCGACAGAUCGUUCGAGGAGGUCAUGACAUUGCUCAAGGUGAUGCCGAAACCCCUGACACUGAAGUUCCAGACACGAAAUGCGGGUGGCACGCAGCCCCGUGCUCCAACGCCAACGCCAGCACCCACGCCGCCAGCACUGGCACCACCUCCGCAGCAUCAACGUCGGGCACCUUCACCGUCGCCACCACCACCCCAGUCGCAGCCGCAACAAACCCAGCAGCGAAAGGUGGUAAAGUCGCAAGACUCGUACACAUGGCGGCAGAAUCGGGCUUCUCCGCCACCCCAAUCUACGCCUGCCCAUCAGCCCGUAGUGCAGUCGUGUACCGCGGGCUCGUCGGUCCCCGGUGGAAACGGCACGCGUGGGCACAAUAGUAACAAUCUCAGUAGGAGCUUCUUAACGAGCGGCAGCGACCGCGGCCUUAACGCUGGCGCGGCGUCGGGCAACGAGGAGAAGUUCAGCAGCAUUCAAGCACCCUUCCUCGUGCAGAACAAGCUCUCGACCGGCCGCCGGCAAAAGAUGCUCAAGGGUCUCAAGAAGUAG